AAAAUAUUAAGUAAUAUAUAUUCUUUAUUCGAGGAAGGAGAUAGGCAAAAUCAUUUUGAUAUAUUAUUUCCAAAUGUGUGUGGAAACUCGAAUAAGUAUGUCCUGUAUUGAUACUCAAUUUCUUUACAUUCAUCGAAUUUCUCUAGUCACACUUGGGUUGUGGCCUUACGAUCGAACAAUGCUUGUUCAACUUCAGUCUUGUGUGUUUUCUCUUACUACGAUUAGCUUUAUUAUAUUUCAGCUUACAACAUUUCUAACUACAGAAUGGACUAUUGACUUCAUCGCUGAAAUUCUUUCUACAUCACUUUUUCUUCUUUUGUCUGCAAUUUUUUAUAAUUCUUUUUGGAUUAACACGCAUAUUGUGAAACAUAUGUUGGAAAAUUUUCAGUACAUGUGUAGCGAGUUAAAGGACAAAAACGAAAUUGCUAUAAUAAAACGAUAUGGAUACAUUGUAAAAUGUAUUGCAAUUGGAUUAAUAUUGUUGACGAUGUGGGGUUUAUUUUUCUUCACUCUUUUGCCAAUUCUGCCGCGGAUUUUCGGCAUCUUUUUCCUUGUAAAUAAAUCCGAGACAUAUUGCACUAUGUAUAUCACAACUGAAUAUUUCGUCGAUGAAGAAAAAUAUUUUUAUUUUAUUUUGCUGCAUCUGUACGCAGCCCAUUACAUAGCACUAGGUACAUUAUUAGGAAUAGGAAUAAUGAGCACAGGAUACUUUACAUAUUUUUGUGGAUUAUUCGAGAUUGCUAGUUACCGUAUCGAACAGGCAAUGCGGAUAAAUAGUGACAAAGUAACUAAUCGGAAGGACAAGAGAAAGAUCGACAAGAAGAUAAGUCAUGCAGUGGACAUUCAUCGCGCAGUUGUUGAGUUAACUGAAUUCUUUAUACAUAAUUUGGAGGGAACAUACAUUCUUACAAUGGCGAUUAUUCUAAUUUGUUUGAGUCUUAAUCUGUUUGGAAUCUUUCACGCCGUUAGUUUUGUAUUUAGUAUGGAAAAUUUUCUAUUACACUGUGGUUGUACGCUUGUCAUUUUAACAGCUUCAUUUGGAGGCAACUAUGCCGGUCAAAAAAUUACAGAUCACUAUAAUUACAUAUUUUCAUCCGCAUAUAACGUUCGAUGGUACGUUGCACCUGUAUGCGUGCAAAGAUUAAUAUUGUUUCUGUUGCAAAAAGGCACUAAGCCUUAUAGAAUGAAAUUCGGUGGUCUUUAUACAACAUCUUUAGAAAACUUUGCCUCGCUAUCAACUGUAUCAAUAUCGUAUUUUACUGUUAUAUAUUCUAUACAAAAAUAAUAUUAAUAUAAAUCAGCUAAUAUUAUGUUAAAACCAUAUGGUAAACCAUGGAAGAUAGGUAACCUUCCGUUCUUAAAAGUUCUGUUCUUAAAUAACUGAUGCCUGAAGUUGUCAGAAAAUAAAUAAAGACGAUGAAAAAAAAGAAUAUAACAAGGGAAUCUCUCGAACCCGAAAAUUCCGACAACUAAUGACACUUGGCCACAGACAUAUAUAAAUAAACAGAGCAAUAGACUGCGAUAGAAGCAGAGAGCGUACACAUUCUCUAUCUCGCUCUUCGCACAUGCUAAUAACUAUAAUUGGUAUUUCAUCACUUGCAUCAGUUGCAUUAGUAUCAACUACAUUUUGAUAUCUUAUUGCUUUUCGUGACGAUAUUGUCAGUAUAUUUGUAGUAUCUAAUGGAAUACAAUUGGCUGCUGCAGAAGAUUUUACUUCAUUAUGAUAUAAUAAUCGUUUAUAAGCCGCAGAAAAUUGCAUAGCAUUAGGAUUGUUAUUGAAUCCUCCCAUAGAUCUAAUACACGAGAAGAAGGUUUCCAGGUGAUCUUGUGA